ACUUUACGUACUCUACGUAAAUACGUUCUUGAGAGCCAGUACUUUCACCGUCGGCGGAUAGGGAAGCAACCAGGAUGCUGGCAACAAGAGCCCUUAGCCUUAUUGGCAAGCGUGCAAUUUCUACAUCUGUCUGUGUACGUGGAGGACAUGGUGUCACAAAGGUGGAGGACUACACUCUCCCUGCCUACUUUGACAGGCGGGACACACCCCUCCCUGAUGUCACCUAUGUGCAGGCUUUGACUCCUGAGCAGAAAUCUCUGAAGGAGAAAGAGAAGGGCUCCUGGGCUUCCCUCUCCAAUGCAGAGAAGGUUGCAUUGUACCGCAUCAGCUUCAAAGAGAGCUUUGCUGAGAUGAACCAGGGUACGUCUGAGUGGAAGACUGUGUUUGGAGGCCUUAUGUUCGGUGUUGGUUUCGCUGGCCUGAUCAUCCUUUGGCAGAGACGUUAUGUGUAUGGGCCUCUUCCACACACUUUUGACCAAAAGUACAAGGAGCAGGAGCUGCAGAGAGCGUUGGACAUGAGAAUGAAUCCAGUUCAAGGCAUCUCAUCCAAGUGGGACUAUGAGAACAAACAGUGGAAAAAAUAAAGGGACCAGCGGAUCCUCACAUACUUGUUGAAGGCAGACUUGGCUCAAAGAUACAAAAAUACCUUUUAUUUCUGAAUUUUGUUUGUUCACAUUACUGCAAUCUGUGCAUUUUGGAAGAGUCCUUCCUCCUAAGCUCCUAAGGUGUAUAGAAGAAUAAAACUGUUAAACCAA